CAUGCGCACCACGUUGCCAAGGAACUCGCGAAGGCGUUUACGCGACACGGUCGGGUCGCGCGCACCUGUUGAUACCUGAAGAGGACAUUUCCAGAAACAGCAUGGCGGGCUUCGACAGCAAUCCUUUCUCCGGUCCUGUGGAUGUAAACCCUUUCCAGGAUCCGUCAGUGACGCAGGUGACUAGCACGGGGAGAGACGGUACAGAUGGGUUCAACCCUUUCUCAGCCGGGGACCAGAAUAAUGGAACUACCAUACCUUACUCAGCUGGAUCUCAGCCCGCUGUACUGCAGCCCACAGUGGAGCCAACUUCUCAGGCCAGGGCGGCAGCUGCGCAGGCAGACCUCCUCAAACAGCAGGAGGAAUUGGAGAAGAAAGCAGCCGAGCUUGAGCGCAAAGAGCAGGAAAUUCAGAAUCGAGACAUAGGCAGGGGUAAAGAAAACAACUGGCCUCCGCUACCAAAGUUUUUCCCAAUAAAGCCGUGUUUCUAUCAGGAUUUUAAUGAGGAAAUCCCAGUGGAAUACCAAAAGGUCUGCAAGAUGAUGUACUACCUCUGGAUGUAUCACUGUGUGACGCUCUUCAUGAACCUGCUGGCAUGUUUGGCCAGCUUUAUUGUGAAUUCUCAGAACGGCGUAGACUUUGGCCUCUCGAUCCUCUGGUUUGUUCUGUUCAGCCCCACCGCCUUCAUGUGCUGGUACCGGCCUGUAUAUAAAGCUUUCAGGUCUGACAGCUCCUUCAAUUUCUUCUUUUUCUUCUUAAUUUUCGCCUUCCAAGUGGUGGUGUACAUCAUUCAGUGCGUCGGCAUCCCCAACUGGGGAAACAGUGGUUGGAUCUCCUCCAUCUCCAUGCUCAGAAGCAAUAUCGGAGUCGCUGUGUUCAUGAUGAUUGUGGCCAUAUUCUUCACAGUCAACGCCGUGCUUUCAGUCACCCUACUGAAAAUGGUCCAUGGCAAGUACAGGAGAACAGGUGCGAGUUUCCAGAAGGCGCAGCAGGAAUUCUCUGAGGGCGUUGUGACCAGCAGAUCGUUCCAGACUGCUGCAGCCACUGCCGCCUCUUCGGCUGCUCGCUCGGCCUUUCAGUAACGCAAUCUAUUCUGAGCUGUCCAUCACUAACCCAACAAAAUAUCACCUUUUCCUUGUUUCACAUCCUCGUCUGCUUCGUUUUUCUGAAGGAACAGACUCGUAUGGUUACUGAAGGAACGCUCAAUAGAGGUCAGUAGUCGGCAAAAUCUGUUCGGAUUUGACACAGUGCCCAUGAACACUUCCCGAUUUUCAUGAUUUAAACAUUUUUUUCCGCUCCACUAGUGGUACAAAUUAAUGGUGGAAAAAAUGAUAAAAUUAUAUCACGAUUAUAACACCUCCUUUUGCUAGUUCACGACAUAAGACUUUAUUUUUUUUAGUUUUGAGUAGAAUAAAAUAAAAAUUCCAGUUUGGUCACCCAUAGACCAGUGCUCCUGUAACACACCACAGCUUCCAGAGGUGAAGACUGCUUUGUGAUUCCCUCAAGACAGUUGCAGGCAUUUUUUCACACUGCUCAUCAUGUUGUGUCACAUGGCCGAAUGACACACUUAGAGGAAAGUGCUGCCCCGCCCUCUUCCACAUAUACAAUACAAACAUUAGGCUAGUGUUGCUGUGAUUAUCAAAGGAGUUGGUUCUUUGCCUUUAGCCUCAUGAUCACAGCCAAUUUUGCUGCCUAGAGGUUCAGCCUUGUUUAUCUGUGGCAUCGUUGUGAUUCAUUCUCUCUUGACACUGGUUUCAUGUAAAAAUGUUACUCUUGUCAUUUAGAGACACUAAUUCUGUCUAAAUAGGCUUAACAUUCUUUUUAUUAGGAUUAUUCAAGUGAGUAAAAUUGAUAUGUAACUGUUACAGAACUUUUAAAGUGCAUUAUUAGUUUUUAUGUGGCUGCUACAUUGGUGUCUUCGAUCAAAUAAUGUACAUGCAUGAAAAUGUGUAUGUAUGAUGAAGGUAAUAGUGAUUAGAAAAGGGCAUAAUGUUCAGGUGAAGCUCCUUCUACUUCUAUGCAAUACAGUGCAAACUGAAAUGUUUUAGGUGGUUCUCCUUAAAAGUCACUUUAAAGAGAAUGUCUGUUACUAUACCGAUGGCCGAGGACGCACAGAUCACACAGGGAUGCUGGACAGAUCGUUGCCAUGGUUUUGAUGUAUAUAAUUAGAUCUUAUUAAUACUGGAUUUCAUUUUUCUUUUCUAUUUUUAAAUUGUCAUAAUGUUAUUAAUGUUUUAUUUUCUGCACAAUUUUUGAUCAAAAAAAUCUAAAUUCAGUGUUCUCCAAUCUUUAUUAUCGAACAAGCUUGUAUAGUUUGUGCUGCAUUUAAAUGUUUCCAAUGUGGAUUAUAGAUUUUAUGUACAGAUAUUAUUUAAGCGGUUUGAAAUCCUUGUUUGAUGUUUUUCUGAUUCAGUGGAGAUCAUAGUGUUGUGAAAUAUUUUAUCAUCGCAUUAAUGGUGUAAAAUUAAAGUGGUUAUUAUUUGAAGAA